CACGCGAAGGUGAAGGUUGUGUCGCUCCGAGCUCCAAAAUGCUUGCGACGUAUUCUCGUGAUACUCUGUCACUGCCACCGAGGUUACCGGCGAAAUUUCAAGUGAUAGGAUCUGUUUAGUCGACACUUAAGUGCUACAACACCUGCACUUGAGUACUGCAAUUCGACAGACAAGUGUAAGGAUUAGUGGAAUUGACUGGUGAUAUUAUCAACGGAAGAAACAGUUAUCUAAUACCGGCGAAAUUUUCAACAUCAAUAUUAUUCACUACUACAUACUCGACACUUAAGUGCAACUAUCCACGAAACUCAAGUGCUACUAUUCGACACUCAAGUGAACUGUGAGUAAUUUUAAAGUGUUCUUCAUGGAAUUCCAACAAACAGUUACUGGAACCGGCGAAUGUACGGAGUAAAUGAAUCUACAGUGUUAUUUGCAGUGUUUUCACACAUUCCUGUUCUGUCAUUUUCAUCCCAGUGUGUUACUAAAAAUUUUCUUGUAUAUCCUAUCAAUACCAGGACAACCUUUUAUAAAAAAUAAGACACAUUGCUCACGCUAUUAAAAGACAAUUUUGAAGUUGUUGAAACGGAAGUGAAAUCACUUAUUUUAUACAUGUUUCAUACAUAAUACUUCAACUUCUCACCGUGUUAUAAAUACUUUUGGGAUGACAUUAUCGGAUACAUGAAAACUUUAUCAAAAUAUUGGCAACUCAAAAUCAUCAAUUCAAAGCUUAAAAUGAAGGAAUCAGAGAUGACAUCACAGUACAUUACUUGAAUACUUGGAAUGUGUUAUUGUCAUUUCCAAUUCAUUUUUUUGGAUGAUCUUAUUUUGGACUCAGACGAAGAAGAGUUUUUUCAUGGUAUGAGUUAUUUUGUAAGAGUUUUCGGCGGAGAUAUUGAACCUACUGUUAACUUGGAUAGUAAGGAAGUUCAACUCAGGAAGUGAUUUGAUUAUCAGAAUAUAAGAAUUACAUUGAACCUACACGCAAGGAUUAGAGUAGGAUUCUGUUACUUCAAAGAUUUACAAUAGUGAGAAACAAUGUUUAGCUUGAUGCAUUCCUUGGUUCUAGUGCAGGAUAAAUUUGUCUUGACAUAUUAUUCUGACAGUGUUAUAGUACCAAAAUUCAGCAUGAUCUGAAAGGAAAGUUUCUAUGACUAACCGACUUUUUCUAUCUUCUAACAAAGUUAUAAGACGACUUUACCCUCUACGUCUCCUGCAAACUAUCCGUAUGAAACUGUGUUGUGAGUUCCAAGUUUUCGUGAAUUUUCCACAAAAUUUCAAGCUUCUAUAAACUCUGGAGAGUUCCUUAGACAAAGUGAACCGAAGUCAAACUAGUACAGUAUUCUACCCUCGUUUCCUAUCUUAGUUCCUGGAUGUUCCAUCUCUGAAGGUAGUAGCAUCCAACCAUUUCAGACCACGCCACUCAAACCUUUUUCCAGCCGCUUCAUCAAAGAUUAAUUUUCCGGUCGAGUUUGAAGUUGGAAAAACUUUCUGUUUACCGGAAGGCUUACCGGGAAAGUGAGGUGGAAAUCGGAAACGUGAUCUGCGGAAAGUAUCGAGAGAUUUUCCACCAGAAAAUUUCGCUCAGGUUCGCUACUCGCAUCUGAACUGAAUUAAACUUUUUCAAGCUACGAUUUUCCAUAUUUCUGGUCAUAAAUAAUUAUCUAACUACGUGAUACCAGUGAGAAUAUUGUGUUUAAUUACCUGAAAGUAUAGGUAAAGUGUGGUGGAAUCAGGGAGAAAUUGGAGUUAAUAUUGGAGAAGUCUGCUGCUUCAAUCUCAACUGUAGUUAUGGAUCUUCUACUGAGAUUACCGUUGAUAUUCCUUCUUCUGGCCAGCUCUGCACAAUCAAAAGGCCACCAGCGCGCCCCCCGCAUCACAGAGCACCCUGUCGACCUAGUGGUGCCCCGCCACGACCCGGCCACACUGAACUGCAAGGCCGAGGGCAACCCGGCGCCCUCCGUCGAGUGGUACAAGGACGGCGAGCUACUACGACCCUCCGCCUCGUCUGCGGCGCACCGCGUACUGCUCCCUGCAGGCAGUCUCUUCUUCCUGCGGGUCGUCAACGGUCGCAAGGAGUCGGACGCUGGGGUGUACUGGUGUGUGGCCAGGAACGCCGCCGGCUAUGCCGUCAGCCGCAACGCUACAUUGGAUGUUGCAGUUCUCAGAGAAGAAUUCCGUCAAGAACCAGAUAACCUGAGAAUAGCGCAGGGUGAAACAGCUCUACUACUUUGUGGACCUCCCAAGGGUCACCCUGAACCAGUGGUCACGUGGAAGAAGAAUGGACUUCCCAUCGAUUUUGAUGCCAAUAAAAGGAUGAGGAUAGUAGAUGGCGGCAAUUUAGCGAUACAAGAUGCGAGAACAAGUGACAAUGGACAAUACGUGUGCACCGCCAAGAAUGCUGUUGCCACCAGGGAGUCCAAGGCCGCUCAGCUUCGAGUAUUUGUGAAACCCUUCCUGAUCCGCGGCCCCCAAGACGCGGUGGCGCUGGCCGGAGGCAGCGUGGUGUUCGAGUGUCGAGUGGGCGGCGAUCCCACCCCCGACGUGCUGUGGAGGCGGACAGCCGGGGGCGGCAACAUGCCCUUGCUGCGGGUUCACAUCAUGGAGGACCGUGGCCUCAGGCUGGAUGCUAUCACGCAGGAGGACGAGGGAGAGUACAGCUGUGUCGCUGAUAACUUUGUAGGAAGUCUCACGGCGUCCGCUACUCUUACUGUGCAUUCACCACCCACAAUAGCAGUUCGGCCGAGUGACCACAGUGUGGACCAGUUGAAGGAUGCGGUGUUCUUCUGCGGCGCGGAGGGCAACCCACGACCCUCCAUAUUCUGGUCGAUCGAAGGCAACCGAACGCUGCUCUUCCCUGGCGAAUCCGUCGAUCGAUUCACGGCGUCCACCACGCCUGAGGGACAGGCUGUUCUCACUAUUCAGAGUGUGACGAAAAACGACUCGGGUCUAGUGGUGGUGUGCUCAGCUGUGAACCCGGCUGGCUCAGACAUGUCUCGCGCUCAGCUCACUGUCACAACUGCCGAAGACCACCCUCCCCCCAUCAUAGUGCUCGGCCCCUCCAAUCAGACGCUGCCUUACAGGUCGACGGCGACGCUGACGUGUCAGACGACAGGCAGCCCUCCACCCGUCAUCUCCUGGUACAAGGAUGGUGCGGCUGUUAUAGUAACGUCACAAACGCCCAGGAUUAAUAUUAGCGAGAGCGGCACAUUAGAAAUCAGUGGUAUGAGCAAACCAGAUGAGGGACUGUACACAUGCGUAGCAUCAUCACGAAGCGGCAAAGCGACUUGGAGCGCACACCUGCGACUCGAGUCGCCACUGAGCGGCAGUGCGCACUCCAUUCUGCGCAUGCCUGACCCCUCCACCCUACCAGGGCCUCCCUCCAAGCCCCUGGUGGUCAACACGACGCUGACCAGUGUCACUAUCACGUGGACCAGGAACAAUAAGAUCGGGUCGUCUUCGCUCAUUGGUUAUCAGGUUGAGAUGUUCGUCCGGGACCCCGUUCACCCUCACACGGCAGGCAACGGGGGAGGCAACGGCUGGGUGGUGGUGGCUCGUCGCGUGACGUCACCGGUCUACACACAGCACCACCUAACAUCUGGCGGUCGCUACACGUUCCUCGUGCGUGCUGAGAACUCACACGGCCUAUCAGCGCCUUCUCCGCUUUCCGACGCUGUUGGCCUGGCUGAUGCGUCAGCUGGAGAGGGUACUGACGGCGAGGAGCGUGACAUCAGGGAAGCUAGAGCGACGCUCGCCGGCGGACAUGUUGUUGAGUUGACGCACAUCCAGCCAGUCAGCUCCAGUUCCAUCAAGUUGAGCUGGGAGAUCCUGAACUCAGACUACGUGGAAGGCUUCUACAUCUACUCGCGCGGGCUGGACACUCCGUCGCGGGCGACUAGCAUGCUGACAGUGUUGCACGCCGGAGAGGCCGCCGGCUUCCUGGUCACCGGGCUGGCUCACUUCACCAGAUACCAGUUCUUCCUCGUUCCCUUCUACAAGACCAUAGAUGGGCGACCGUCCAACUCCAGGACUGCAAGGACUAUGGAGGAUGCUCCUUCAAUGCCUCCGACUCACAUGGAAGCAAUUCUCCUGAAUUCAAGUGCUGUUCAUCUGAAAUGGAAGCCUCCACCAUCGCAUGCGCACAACGGCAUCAUACGAUCGUAUCAAAUUGUAGUAAGGGGUGGUGACCCGUUCAACGGGUCAGUGUUGAGCAACGUGUCUGUGGGGGUGGGGAGUCCCUCACUGCUGCUCACCAACCUGACGGCGGGGGUGGUGUACACCGUGGAGGCGGCAGCAGUAACCAGGGCGGGGGCGGGACCCUACACUGCCCCCGCCACCCUCAGGCUGGAUCCUGCCUCCAGGCUGCUGCUCAAGGAUCAGCAGCAUAGGCAACCAGUGGAGCUGGACCCGAGCAGCCUGGGGCCGGCCGGCAGUGAGUUCCUGACAGAGACAUGGUUCAUGGCGCUGCUGGGCAGUAUGGUGGCUGUCAUGGUCCUCCUCUUCGCUUCCAUGCUCAUAGUCAGGCGACAUCAGCUCCUCAAUAAGAAGUCCACUCUGCCAGAUUCACGUUCGAACGGCGGCAUCCUUGCCACGCCACUAAGCCUGAAGGCAGCCGUGAGUCUGACUCACCCCCUCUCCUGUGCCCCACCUACCGACUCAUCCCUCUGGAUAGAGCCGCACCGCAGUCAUCACAGCGAAAAGACGUCAACCAACCAACUGCUAGGUUCGAUGCCGGACUACGCCGAGGUGGACUCUCUGCACACGGGCGGAGGAGGAUCCUCGCUGUCAACCUUCCAGGCGGGAGGACGCGAGCCGACUGACGGCUCGGUGUCUCCGGCUCCCUAUGCCACCACCACGCUAGUUCCACCGCCCACCGCUAGGGUACAGCAGUCCAACCGAGGAGGGCCACCGGGGUGGAUGCACAUACAAGCACAAUCGCAAUCCAAUAGCGCUGAUGAUACAUAUCCACCACAGAAUUGCUUCUAUAACAGAAAUGUUUAUUCAGAUACAUAUUUCUUUGGAGAAAACAAUGAUUACGGGCAGAAAAAUGGUGGCGGUAGUGUGGUGGGCGUGCCCUCGUCACUGGUCAUUUCCGGUUGCGGACGACGUGCCAUGUCCGAGCUGGGGCAUCGCGACGCCCAUCAGCUGAGUAACAGCUGUACACCUCCCCCUCUGCCACCAUCACAACCACCAACAGCUGGACACCAGCUGCACGCGUCAGCUCAUCAGAUGACACUCAGGCGACCCAACCAUCGGUACUCGCCGGUGCUCAGGCCUCAAAAAUGCAAUCUAACGAGGACACCGCCUGCACAGAGUAACGGCUACAUACCAGUUCCCACACAACCACAGCCUGACGUCAUCACCGCACAGUACCAGCCCACAGGACAUGCGCAGAACAACCAAUACCAGUCAACUGCGCAGAACAAUCAGUACCAGUCAACUCCGCAUGCGCAGAACCCGCAGAACUGGGUGAAUAGACUGCAGGGCUACCACAACGCGCACACACUAUCCAGUUUCGCCAACCCCACGCCCAGCCAGGUCUACCAACCUGUCUACCACAACUCUACCAGGAGCGAGCCUGGAGGUCACCAGGAUGACACCUGAUUGCUCCUCUAUUCGAUUCCUGACAAUGUGUACACGGACUUGAGGAUCGAGGCUUAAACUGUAAAAAAUUUGUAUUAUUUUAUUAUUGAGGCUGGAAUUGUCUACUACUUUAUAAUAUUCUACCAGGAGGAGAGUUUUCAACCAGGAUGCUACCUGAUUCCUGAUAUGGAUGACUGUGUGGACGGCCUUAAGUAUUGAGGGUUGAACUACUGUUUAAACAGUACUGUAAUAGGCUAUCUAUACGGUUUCAUGGUAAUUGGGAUAUCUACAACGAGUGAGUUAUGAGAACACCAUGAUGUCACUUGAUUGGUACUCAAAAUUGGUAUUUCCUGAUGGUGAUGUGUAUGUGAAAUUAAAGAUUGAGAAUUGAACUUUUUGAGAUUUCUCUCUAUAUAUUAUUUUAUUGUUAAAAAUUUGAGUAUACAUAAUGAGUUUGAGGAUUACACCUUAAUGCAUCUCUAUUCAAUUCCUGAUGUACAUUCAUACCGUAUGCUCACUUGAGAGUUGAGAAAUGAAUUUUUUUCAUAAUUCAAUUACAGUAUAUCAUUGAUUGAAAUAUCUUUCGGAAUUUUACCAGAAGCAUGACAUUAUAGAUCACCAGAGUGAAUAAGGUUUACUCCACUUAAAUUUUGAAAAUUAUUGUGGAAGUCACUCAUGAGCAAAUCAAGUUAGAACGAUGUACAGUAAUGCUCUUUGCUGUCCUAUUUAGGGGUUUGCGUGUGACAAUGAAUCUAAAGUUUGUGUUUGAUAAGGUUCGGCCUACCAUAGGCUCAAAAAUAUUAUAAUUCAAAAAUAAAAUGAUCACGCAGUUCUACACUGGUUAAAUACUAUUUUCAGUAACAGAUAUAGAAAAACUUGCUCUUAGUUGAGUGCUAGAAUACCCUAUACAUAAUAGUUCAUCUGUUAAGCCCAUGUCAAACACUUUUUCCUAUAAUCGUGGAACUGUACCUACUAUUAUGUAUAGCUAUAUAGACCUACAGCACAGUGCUAUAUCCAAGAAGAAACUCUUCAUAUUCUCUGAGGAGUUUCAUCACAUGACAACUCAAUUGUACAUAGAUAUUAUAGUGUGUGUAACAUUAUUCAUGAGAAUUUUGAUAUCAGUUGAUGGAUGAUUGAUAUAAGUUAGAAAAAAGCAUAUAAAACUUGAAAAUGCUGCAAACAUGAAUUCUUUCACUUUCUCGUGAUUGCUUUUCUAUUGGUUCUAAACCAUACAUAAUUUUCUUAUUCUUGAAAGUGUUCAAUAUGUUCCUUCUGUAGGCUACAUAAUAUGUAGAAAUAUAUGGUACUUCAACGCCUCUCCUGAUUAAGUGUCGUAAAUUUACUCACUAUACGAUUAUGAAUAACAUGAAUUAUGUUCAGAUACAUCUUAAUUGUGAUUCUAUAAUGAUAAGUCUUCUACUUGAACUGUGUAAAUAAUUAUAGUAAUUUCUGAGCGUAUUGUCUUGUUAACACUGCAAGUUUGAUAUAAUUGAAUUGUAAAACUAUGACUGAGUCUCUAUCAACUAUUCUAUUCGAAUAAAUUGUAAUUAUCAAUAUAUUACUUCUACUGAUAAGUGUUAUGUAUAAGUAUUAUUUAUAUUAUAUCAUUGUAACUUGUAACUCUACUUUAACUGUAUAGUAACACUUUUACUAUGCACUCGACUGACUUGUAAAUAUGUUCGCGUUAUUUAUUGAAAACUUGUAAAAAUUAGUAAUCUAUUGUUGAAAUUUAUAAGCUAAGGUGUUCAAAAUAUGGAUGCUUCUGUGUGUGUUCUUCGAAUGCGAGUCUAACAUAUCAAAUGAGAGGGAUAACUUAUUCAUCAAUUUCUUGCAAGAAAGAAUUCAAAACUACCGUACGUACUAACUCAAUGUGUGAAAAUCUUCAAAUCUGUUCGUUCUCCCAAAUAUAUGAGAGAGAUCACAAUCAAAUCAUUCAUGAUUUCAACUAAUACUAUAUUAUGGAUUUUUUACUCUUUUAGAGCAUAAUAUAAGCUUUAGCAAUACCGGUAAUUUGAGAAAUUGAAUCGCUCUUAUUUUUGUAUCAAGAUUUGAGUAACAAAAUAUUUUGCGGGCCAUUUAAUCAUAUUCAGUUAUAUUGAAUUUAUUGUUUCGGAAAAACUGUUAGAAUUAAUCCUGAAUCUGCUAUGUCUGCUUGGAAAGGAUCUAGAAGACAAACUCAUAUUGUAAUACAGAACAUAUCUCAAUAAAUAAUCCAAAGGAAAUUUUCAAUUCAAAGGAAAUUUACAAUGUAUUAUGUAUCUUUAUGUGUUAGAUUGAUCAUACGUUGAUAAUUUUCCUGUCAAUACCUUGAAUUCUUGCAUUCAUCAUAUCUAGAAGCAGGAGCAGGAAGCAGAUAAUUAUGAUCACCUAACUAGCAUUUCACAAGUCGUGUACUAUUUUCAAAAACCAUUAGUUUAACAAAACAUAAGUAGGCCUACGGUAUUGAUCCAUAUGAAUAGUCUUAAUAUCAAAUCAUACACCACUGCCAAAUUAAUUUCUGUUCCUAUCAUAGGAGUUAGAAAAAUCUAUCUAGAUAUAUUAUCUAUUUCAAACUCAACUGCAUCCAGCUUUACAGAGAAACUCCAAAUAUAAUUCUAUAGGUACUCAAUGCCUAUUGAAUAUAAUAGAGAAGUUCAAGAUGAAAUCAUAAUUAUUCCAUUUUGAAAUUUUACAAUAUAUUAUGUUAAAGUUCUAUCAGAAUUAUUUUAUUGAUAUUAUUAGCUAUCUACCUUCCAUUCACAACUCAUCUAGAAUCAAUCAUUUAGCUAUAGGCUACUUCAAAUUCUAUUUUGAAAGUUGAAUUAUUCUAUGUCAUGGCCUUUAUCAUUAUCUUAUAAAUAAGCACUACCUAUCUAAUGCAGAUGAAAAAUUAUGUAUUUAUGCAGAAUAAAUGUGAAUAAAUGCUUGAAUGAGUGUUUCUAUCUUAAAUUUGUACAGCCUUUGUACGUUAUUUUAAUACCUAUUUAUAACACUCGUUGUGAAAAUGACUCCCACGCCCUCAAAGUGAAAAAGCAUUAAUGCAUUAUUGAAGUGAAAUCUGGAAUCAUUUUUAAGAAGAAAUCAUAACCCAUGUAAAAUUUUUAAAUUGUCAAAAUUGAUGGGAUUUACAAGAAUGAUCAAUUUUUAAGAGAAUAAUGCAUUAUUGAAGUGAAAUCUGGAAUCAUUUUUAAGAAGAAAUCAUAACCCAUGUAAAAUUGUUAAAUUGUCAAAAUUGAUGGGAUUUACAAGAAUGAUCAAUUUUUAAGAUAUGACACUGUGUUUGAAACCAACUAGGGUUGUAAACAUUUGAAUUAUGGAUACUUUUUAGAAAAUAUCAUUUUCUCUAACCUGUAUAAAACUGAAAUUAUUUAUUUGGAGCCAAGGAUAUCAAUCUUUGAAAAAAAUGUAAUUUUCACAGCAGUCAUUCUGCAAGUUAUUAAUCAUUGUUUCAAAUUUUGUAAAAUUAAAAAAUAACCAACAUUUGAAAAGUGAUAUCAUUUUUUAGACUAUAACAAUGUGUUGUAAAGUUGUUGUCUUCCUAAUUUUGUAAAGUAAUUCGAGGCAAACUUUUGUAAACACAAUGAUUGUGAACGAUUUUUUUUCGUGGAAAAAUUCACUCAAUCCCACCAACUAAAAGCAAUCAAGACUUUCUAUUUUUAUAUAAUAUCUAUGAUGAGCAAUUUGAUGAUUUGUUUGAUGUAAAUAAAGUUACCAGGAAAUAAAGCAGCUCUGUUGUAUGUAUUUUACAUGUUUGUGGUAGAAUAAAGAAGCAGCUGUAUUAUAAAA